CCGGAGGGGCCACGACCGUGUCCGUCCCCUUGGCGGUUUUGCUUCGAGAUCGCGCGGUUAAAAGGCCAGGCCGCAUUAGCCCGGCACGAAUGCGAUAGUAGACCAAACCAACUCCAGCCGAUCCCUCCAUCUCCCGCCCCCUCCCCGCAGCUCGCGCGCGCUCUCUCUCUCUAGUGUCCACGCACGCACACAAAGGACCGGGGCGACAAGUCGCCAGCACGAUGGACGGCUCCGGCUCCGGUGUCGGCCGCAAGAAGCUCAAGCACCGGCUGGCGGCCAUCCUGUCAGUCUUCUCCAGGCGCUCGGGUGGCAGGAAGCGCCGCGACGACGACGCCGCGCCGCCGGCGCUCGCAUUGCCCUCCUACGGCCGCCUCGGGGCGGGGGGCAAGAAGGCUGCACCAGGCGAGCACCACGACCGCCGCCUCUCCGUCUCCGCGCGCCGCACCGUCCCGAUGAUCCGCAUCACCAUCGACUGCGCCGGCCGCCGCUCCGUCGACGCGGCUGACCCGUCCCUCCUCGCGCCGCUCGACGCCGACGACGUCAAGGCGGAGAGGGCGGCGCUCAAGGGGGCCGGGCUGCCGUUCGGGGCGAGCGAGUGGGAGGGCCGCAAGUGCCCGCCCUCAUCGCCAUUCCGGGCGGCGCCCCUGCCGCCGCUGCCGAGGUGGAAGGAGCGGCCCGGCAACGGCGGCCGCAGGCUGUCGACGCACUCGUCGCGCAGGCUGCUGAGCAGCAGCUCCUCCGACGACGAGUACGACGAGGACUCGCGGAACCUCUUCUCGUCCAGGAGCUUCUCCUCCGACUCGUCCGACUUCUACAACUGCCCGCGCAAGAACGCCGCCAAGGCGCGCGCGUCCGUGUCCGGGCCCUGCCGCGCGCCGCCGGCCGCCCCGCGCCGCGGCGCGUCGCAGAGCUGCCGCUACAGCUUCGAGAUGCCGCGGGCCUCCACGGCGUCCGCCGCCACGGACGGGGGCUUCGCGGUGGUGAAGCGCUCCGCCGACCCGUACGAGGACUUCCGCAAGUCCAUGGAGGAGAUGAUCGCCGAGUGGCCGGAAGGUGGCGACGGCGAUGGGGAGCACAGCGCGGAGAGCUUGCUGGAGACGUACCUGGUGCUCAACUCGCCGCGGCAUUACCCGGUGAUCCUCGCGGCCUUCGCCGACGUGCGGGAGACGCUCUGCCCCUGAACUCGUCGGGCGAUCGGCUGCACCGGUGCGAUCGAUGUUGAUAGGAUCAACCUUUUCGAGAGUGAGAGCGAGAUGAAUGGCAUGGCACACGAUCGAGUUGGACAUGUGCGAUGUUGCGCGCUUACGUGCGUUGUCUCCAUCGUUCAUUCAUGGCUGGAUCUUGACCAGCUAACUUGUGCUUAGUUGGGAGUUCCGGACUCCUCCUGUAGUUCUGUCAGUGAUGGUACUGUACCUUAGUUUCUUGAUGUUAACUUGUAGUAGUCCAGCGUUCUACUAUGAAUGUUCUCGUCAGUUUGUGCGUCCUGUAAAUACGUUAUAUAUUUUGAUUGAUUGAAGGUAUUUUCGAGUUA